ACCUCCUCGUGCGCGCGCGCGCGGGCCCGGGAGCGUCGGUGUGUGUCUGUGUGCACGCGCGCGCGCGCACGGUUGCUGGUUGUAGCUGCGGCUCCCGGACCCGGUACCGGGGGUGGGAGCACAGGAGGGGAUAAAUCUCCGCCGGCCUUCUCGCAUCUCACUGCGGGUAUAUAACCAACCAGGUAGAGAGAGAGAGACCAGGGUGACAGUUCCUGCAAUAGCGGCUGCGUGUCCAAGGGUCAGAUUAUCAGACCUUCUCUGUCACACUGAGGGAUAUUUAUAUAUUUUGGGGGGUAGUGUUUUUUUAAAUGUAAUUUUUAUUUAUUUUUUAUUUUUUUUAUUGUUUGCCUCUAUCUCCAGAGAGCAAGGGCGGGAGAGGGGCGCGCGCUCCAGCCGCGCGUCGCGGAUCUGAGCGGGUCGGAGACGGCAAUUUGGCGAGUGGGGGAGGGAGGGGACCUUGAUUUCCACCAAUCCCCGGGCGUUUGUCUGCGAAGUCCGAGGCGCAGCGGAAGGCUGCGGCGCGCGGCUGAAUUCACUGAUGAGAGCGAGUUCUUUUCUUCUCGGGGAGGGGCGGGGAGCGAGGGUCCUGGCUGGCGAGGCGGAGGAGCCCGGGGCUGGAUAGCGGUCCCGGGCCGCCGUGGAAAUUUCCAAGGACUUGGCGCGGCGCGGAGAGCGCGUCUGGGGGGGUGCCUGGCGGCGCCGCUGCGCGGGAGGCGGGGAGAGGCUGCGAAGGGCGCAGGAGCAUCUCUCGGAAGGGGACGCCGCGGGCCAAAUGUCUGGGAGGGAGCCGAGCCGCUCCCCGGACCCACGCCGCGGGCGACAGUGAUGCUGCAGAACCCGCGGGAGCCACUGGUCGCCGCCGCUCUCCGCGCCGGCGGAGAACCCAGCGCCCGCCUUCUUCAGGGGAAGCAACCAUGGCCGUAGCUCGUGACUUGCCCCCCGGCCACGUCCCCUAGAAAGACAUCCUUGAAAAAGUUGCAUUUCAAAAACAAUCCUUACUCUGACCUCUGGGGCCGUGGGGGCCGAAGAAGCGCUCGUGCGAGUGCGGGCAAGAAAGCGAAAGGUGUGUGUGCAUGGGGGGCCACUUUGCUUAGCGUUGUGCUGAGGCUCUGGUCUUCGCCGACCCCCCACCCUCGCCCCCCGGGACCCCGGGGCUGCGAUGAGCCCCUGCGGGCGGCCCCGGCGGCACACGUCCAGAGGGGCCAUGGCUGUCCUGGCGUGGAAGUUCCCGCGGACCCGGCUGCCGGUGGGAGCCAGUGCCCUCUGCGUCGUGGUCCUCUGUUGGCUCUACAUCUUCCCAGUCUACCGGCUGCCCAACGAGAAGGAGAUCGUGCAGGCGGUGCUGCAACAGGGCACGGCGUGGAAGAGGAACCAGACGGCGGCCAGGCUUUUCAGGAAACAGAUGGAAGACUGCUGUGACCCCGCCCAUCUCUUUGCUAUGACUAAAAUGAAUUCCCCCAUGGGGACGAGCAUGUGGUAUGAUGGAGAGUUUUUAUACUCAUUCACCAUUGACAAUUCAACUUAUUCUCUCUUCCCCCAGGCAACCCCAUUCCAGCUGCCCUUGAAGAAAUGUGCGGUGGUGGGAAAUGGUGGGAUUCUGAAGAAGAGUGGCUGUGGCCGUCAAAUAGAUGAAGCAAAUUUUGUCAUGCGAUGCAAUCUUCCUCCCUUGUCAAGUGAAUACACUAAAGAUGUUGGAUCCAAAAGUCAUCUAGUGACAGCUAACCCCAGCAUAAUUCGGCAAAGGUUUCAGAACCUGCUGUGGUCCAGAAAGACAUUUGUGGACAACAUGAAAAUUUAUAACCACAGCUACAUCUAUAUGCCUGCUUUUUCUAUGAAGACAGGAACAGAGCCAUCCCUCCGGGUUUAUUAUACACUGUCAGAUGUUGGUGCCAAUCAAACAGUGCUCUUUGCUAAUCCCAACUUUCUGCGUAGCAUUGGAAAGUUCUGGAAAAGUAGAGGAAUUCAUGCCAAACGCCUGUCCACAGGACUCUUUCUGGUGAGCGCAGCCCUGGGCCUCUGUGAGGAAGUGGCCAUCUAUGGCUUCUGGCCCUUCUCUGUGAAUAUGCAUGAGCAGCCCAUCAGCCACCACUACUAUGAUAAUGUCUUGCCCUUUUCUGGCUUUCAUGCCAUGCCGGAGGAAUUUCUCCAACUCUGGUACCUUCAUAAAAUCGGCGCACUGAGAAUGCAGCUGGGCCCAUGUGAGGCUGCCUCACUCCAGCCCACUUCCUAGGGACAGUGGAGAAAGGAAGAACGAAGCCAGGGUAUUUUUGCUAGGUUUUCUACGGACUGCAAAAGGAAGUGGUGCAGUUAUUUCAUGGAUUUGCCUGGGCCACUUGCAAACAGCAACCGCAAUCCAAAGGAAACUCUAUUUUUAAUGUUGGCUUGGAGGACAAAUAGGAAGAUGUUUUAUGAAGUAUUUGAUAGCACAUUGUGGAUUUGCAACUAGUGACAUUCUGAUGAAAUGAUUAUUGGUCAAGCACAUUUACAUGGUUUAAAUCGAGAAGGUACAGUUCACAAAUAAAGCGGAACUCUAGUUGUUGAAGUUGAAGAGUUCAUCAAGGUUAAUAAAGGAAAUGCCAGGGCAAAGUGUUACUGAUUAUCAAUAUAAGCUGGCUUAAUUUAAAAAAAUUACUUACGAAGACUGAAAUUCGAACCAUAGAUUUUUUAAAAGUUAUUAUUUAUUUUUGUCCUAUUUAGGGGAAGUGAAUAGGUAAUGGGGUAGAUUUUUUAAAAAUCCCUUACUGAGUAUUAAGGACACAAAACAAGUGUAUGUUAACUGUAGUCCCCCUCCAUUUAAAAAAUGUUAAAUAAGAAUUACUUCCUCCUCCUUUGUCAAGUCUACUUACACAAUGUGAAACAUUGUUGAAUUUAGACUGUGUUGGUUCACAGUCUGAAUAACAUGAACCAUUUUUCCGCCUCCUCAGAAUGUAGGGCAUACAUUCAAUUUUAGGUCUGCAUUUUAUAAGCCUGUUUGCAUUAUUGUUAUUUUAGUGCACAAAGAGUACAAAUGUGAAUGCGUUAUUUAUUUGCAUAAUUGUCUUUAUAAUUUAAUGUUCAGAGAUGAAGUAAAGCACAAUGUGGUAAACUUAGUCUCUGGAAGACAGAUUGGAAGGCUCCUCCCUUUUCUAUCUAUCAUGGUAUAUCCACUCUGAGAUAAAGCAUAUGGACACACACACACACACACACACACACAACUUAACAAAGCUCAUUCCCAUGAAUCCACAUGACUGGUAUUUCAAAAAUCUGUAACUAGUGUUGGAGAGUUCCAAAUGUAUUAUGUACCUACCCCCCACACCCUGAUAUAAGACAAACCAGCUUACUGGUUGCUGCUCAUAAUGCUUAUACCAGCUUGAGAUGCAAACUUUACCCCCAAAUGCUUACCCCAAAUGAACAAUUGUUUUACUCAUUCUGACUCUCUCCAUAUCACGAAUGGACCCUGUGUUGAGUAUGAUCUUAUUAGGUAGAUUCAUACAAGUAAAGGGGUGUGAAUUAGUAGCUAUUUAUUCUCAUAGUAGCAGAUAGGACUACUUUGAAAGCCAAACUCUGACAGACUACAAGCAGCCAAAUGUGUUUACAUAUAAGAGAAAGGUAAAGGAAGCCUUUUAUUAUCUUUGUUCUUUGAGAUGCCUUAUUCUAAUAGGAGAUGCUAGAAAUCACUAUCUUUAUUUUUUUAAGUAUCACCAAAAUUUAGGUAAAUUGUGCCAAAAAGUUCUUUUAUAUUUUAAUGGUAGAAAUUUAGUACACAAUACAGAUUAAGACAGGUGGCAUUUUAGGUAGGUUAAUCUAAAAGUUAUCAGGAUAACAAUGCCCUUGGGAAAUAUCGACAUCAUUGAAAUAGGCAAUUUCUAAAUAAGAUUGAAUAUCAAGGUUAUUAUAGAAAUCAACAGUUGAAAUAUGAGUGGUUGAUAAAACACAGAUUAUACUGAUACUUAGAAAGUUAAGAAUUUUAGAGUAUUGAUUCUGUGCAGAACUGAUUGGCUAUUUUGAUGCAAUAUGGCAGGAAAUAUAUAGUAAGAAUGUACUAUUGAGUAAGCUGUGUUAAAUAUGCUCUAUACAUGCAAUCCUGAAUAUAUUUCCUCUUUGGAGCUAUUGUUAUUAUUUAAUAAUUACCUUAAAAAAGAAUACAUUGUAACCUAUACACUUACUCAGAAGUAUAAAAGGGCUAAAAAAAACACACACAUACAAAUGUAAAUAAAAUCUUUCAUUCAGAUUAGUGUUUAAUUGUUAAAAUGUAAUUAAUGAGCUCCAUAAAGCCAGAGAAUCACAGUUCCAUUGAAAGUACUAUCUGGAAAUGUUUCAUCUUGUUAUGAUUCCUGGGAUAGAUUUGUGCAAUAGGUUUGUACAAUGUUUAGUUAUAAAUUUGUGGUUUCUGAAGGACAAGACAGAUCCCAAAUUCAUAAUGUUUACUUGGACCAUUGCUUCUCAAAUGGGGUGAUUCUCCUCCUCCAUCUGGUGACAUUUGGCAAUGUCUGGAGACAUUUUUGAUUGCCAUGAUUUGGAGAGUGCUACUGGCAUCUAGUGGGUAGAGGCCAGGGAUCCUGCUAAACACUCACAAUGCACAGGUCAGAUUCCCCACUAGAAAGAAUCAUGCAGUCUAAAAUGUCAAUAGUGCCAAGGUUGAGAAGCCCUAGAUUAGACCAAAAUAUUUUGAUGGUUCCAUAGUGUUUUCACUUUGUGAUACAUACACAUGCUCAUGUCAUUGAAAGUGUGAUGACAAGUUAAUGAGAAUAUUGUCUUAGGGUAAAUUAAAGUUUGGCAUUACUUUAGAGAUAUGCCAUACAUAUUUCUGUGGUUAGUUAGAUGUAUCUAAACCUAAGCUUGUGAGUAUAUGUGCUUGUGUGUGUGUUUGUGUGUGUGUGUGUGUGUGUAGAAUAAACUUGUGCAUCUAUCCUUUUAAAAAUACACGUGUUCCUAAGUAAGGAUGUCUCUAGAAUUAUCCUACAGAAUACUCUGGAAUUCUCUAUUACUAUUAAGAAACUGAAUUCUAAACUCUCAUUAUUUUGUGUUUCUGAAAUCGAGGACUUUAGAACUGUGCCUCAAACUUUGCCAAAUUUAGUCAAUUACAUUUUUAUAUUACUGGCCCUUAAGAUUCAUCUCAGAAGAUAUUCAAGUUAUGGUAGACACAUUCAAUAAAAAAGUACUUAAUCACUUUCAAUGCAUCUGCCAAGAAAAGGCAUUACUAUGUCUAAGUUUUAAAGUUAUUUAGUGAAAAAUUAGAUGGCUCCAAGAGGGCUAAACAAAGGGUGAAAGAACUGAAAAUAAGUUCCUGAUGAGUCUUUUUAUUAGCUCUAAUUUGAGAAUUGCAUUGAUGCUAAGGAUCAUGACUGAGGAUGACCUCUGUUUAAUUUUUAUUGCACUUCAUAAAAUGAAGAUAGGUGAAAGAUUAAGUCAUUCAUAGAAAGAAAUAAUUUUUUAAUUUUAACUUUAUUGAAUUUAUUGGGGUGACAUCGGUGAAUAAAUGUACAUGUUUGAGAUGUACAAUUCUAUAAUACAUCACCUAUAUAUUGUAUUGUGUAUUCACCAUCCCAAGUCAAGUCUCCUCCCAACAUCAUUUAUCCCCCCCCCCCCGCCAUACACUCUUCCACCUCCCCCUCUGAUAAUCACCAUACUUUGUGUGUAUGAGCUGGGAUUAAGAAAAGAAAAGCAAAAUAAUUUUUAUCUGAAAGAUUUUUAUAUGAAGAGGACAUUGGACAUGACAGCUUUAUAUCGAGUAUUUGACCAGCAGCUUAUAGGACGCUGUGCAUCUAACCUGCAACUAGCACAAGAAGUUGAAGCGUUCUUCCUGAAUUUUGUUUCUGCUUAAUUCACUUUUAGCUAUUUUAACAAAGACAAAUGAUCCAAAAUGAUCCAGGUGAUCCCGAAUGGCAGAUGUUCAGACAAUACUCUGUGUUUGGCUUUAUGUUGUCUCAUGCCCUUCUUUUGGCUAAAAACUUUGUUUAAGUUAAGUAUAAAUUAUACCUGAAGCAAUGGACAACAUGGCUUAAAACCUACUUGGGCCCUGGCGGAUUUGGCUCAGUGGAUAGAGAGUCGGCCUGCGGACUGAAGGGUCCCAGGUUCAGUUCCGGUCAGGGGCACAUGCCUGGGUUGCAGGCUCGGUCCCCAGUGGGGGGCAUGCAGGAGGCAGCCCAUCAAUGAUUCUCUCACAUCAUCGAUGUUUUCAUCUCUCUCUUUCUCUCCCUCUCUGAAAUCAAUAAAAAAAUAUUUUAAAAAGUCUACUUGGGCCAUCUGGUGUGGCUCAGUGGUUGAGUGUUAACCCAGGAACCAAGAGGUCACUGUUUGAUUCUCAUUCAGGGCACAUGCCUGGGUUGCGGGCUCGAUUCCCAGUGUGGGGCGUGCAAGAGGCAGCCCAUCAAUGAUGUUUCUCUCUCUCAUUGAUGUUUCUGUCUCUCUAUCUCCUCCCCUCUCUCUGAAAAUUAAUAAAAGCAUAUUUUUUAAAAAAUCUACUUGGAAAAUAACUGAAGAAAUUCUAGAAUUCUAAAUUUGCCAAAAAUAUUUUUAAUUAGUCAAAAUAUUUACAGGUGUAUUACAGAUGAUUUCAAGUGGAAAUGAUAUCAAUAACAUUUCUUUUGUCAGCAAUGAUGAUAGUUGCAUACUAUGCACAGCCUCUUAUUUCUUUGUGUGGAAAAUUGGUGACCUGUCAUUUUAAUUUGUAUGUUUAAAAAUAUGGACUUCGUGAAAAUUUUUAACGGUGCAAUCUUGUUAAGAGCAACCUAAGAGGAAGAAAUGUCACAGUCCAUUUAAGCUUUUAUAAAAUUCUUAUUGUGUUGUAUGAAAACUUUCUCACCAGAACCAGGGAACAUACCUGUUCUAUGUUUGUAGAGUUCUAGUGAUCAAAGCUAUAAAGAUUUUUGUGGGAACUGGGGGACAAGUAUGUGGAGAAGUAAAGACUGAGAGCAAAACUGUGCUUUAUAUUUCUUCAUCUUCCAGUGUAGGUAGAGGUUGACUCUCCGAGUGUAUGACUUCCGGUGGGUACACAUCAGGGCUGGAAGUGGGUAAAUCACUCCAGGAACCUUCAGCUUAGGUCAAGCUUCUAACACCGUCAACAGUAACUAUAAAUAUGACCAGCGGUUUUGACAACUUCAGUCCACUGUGUGCUAGGCAGUGGAUGAGGCAAGUGGAAAGGAGGAGACAGCCCUGCUCUCAAGCUCUCAGGAUACAAAGGGUCAGAGAAGACACUGUGCUUGACCUUGGCUUUCAAGCACCACCUUUCUCUGUCCAAUCCCAUGGCCUCACUGUGGGGAGGAGCUAGUAGCCUUGUGACUAGAGAGCUGGUGUGGAAAUUUGCUGAGAAGCUUAAAAUUUUACACUGUCUUAUAUAGGGUGUUCUUUUUUGUUGCUAUUGAUUUUUCCCCCUUAAACUUGUGCUUCUAAAUGUAGGUGUCUUGUGACAGAGUUCUAGUCACCCUGACCUAAUUAUGGCCCUGCCAGUGAUUGUUGAAAGUGGAGCGCCUCCCAACCCCCACUUUCAGAUGGAUUUUCUGAGUCCUUGAAGAUAGGGACACGGUAAUAUUCCACCAGUUCCUACAGAGCCUUUUCUAAAGCCCUGGAGACGAACCCAGAGAAAUGCUGAAGCUUAGAAUGUCUGUUUAUAAACUCCAAAAUGUGAGGCCAUAUAAUACUGAGGUUGAAUAAGUAGAAGGAAAUAUAUAUGAAUCUACAAUUGCCAUAACCUUUUUCCUUCCUAUCUUAAGAAAAUGGUUACUAUCGGCAUUACCCUCAGCCUAGUCUUGUCCUUCGAAUUUUUUACAUGCAUCUUAGAGGUGAGAGAUUGAAGCAGGUGCAUGAAUGGAAAGCUCAUUCAAACACAACACAACCUCUGCUUGCCAUUACAAUAGGAAAAUAUAUGGUUAUGUUUCCUUCUAAGUUUCUUCCUUCUGGUGCCUGCAUUUCUGAUUUAUUCUAUCUCUAACAAACAAGUAAUAACUUAUUAUAAAUUGGCUUAUAAUACCUGUGAGCAUUUGUGUGAUAGCCAAAGCCUAUAACUCUACCUUUUUAAAGAUAAAAAUAAAAGACAAAUUAUAUUUUGUUGAUGCUCACUCAUGCACCUACCUCCUCUGUGUUCCUCUUGAUCUGGACUUUGUGGUGAAAUUCUUUGUGAUUUUGCUUUCCUUUUGAAGUUGUGGGAUAUAAGCAAUGUUGCAGAGCUGUCUAGGAGUUUUAUAGAAUAAUACUCCAAUAUAUUGAUCAUGUCUCUUUCUGCUCUUAUGUAAUUAGAUUUUCUCUAGAUAUUUGCCAUUUUAAAAGCACAUGCUUCACACAAUACCAAUAUAUAUCUACAAGAUGUGAUUUUAUCCAGGGUAGAGAAAUUCAGGACUCAGAUAUGUCUGUUUUUCUCUGCAGAGUAAGAGAAAUGGAUACUUACAAUAUUAAAAAUAGUUUAACCAAAAUGGAAAAAAAGGAAGAUAAAAAUCAGGAUUUUAAUUGUGAAGGACCAUUAGGAGGGAUCUCAGAAGGUAGCUAAGCAGAGAGCACAGAGGCUUUUGUCCUUCAGUGCAGUUCCCAAAAUAGAACUUUUUCAGACAUUUUAAAGGAAACAUACUGUCAUGCAGUUGCCGUGCCUAACGAUGAAAGGUGCUGGAGGAAGCAGUGUGAGAGCCAGACUGUGAGACGCUUAGGGAAGAAAACAGAAGAGGGGGACCUGUUUACCUCCUAGGACUCUCACAGUCUAUAGCUUCCCCACUUCUGGCCCCUCUCCAGUUGUGCUCUCCUUGGUGUUUGAACCUGGACAUGCAAACACUCCCAUGUUCACAUUCACAUUUAGAUCUGUCACGAUGAGGGAGCAAUAGGAGGAAAUUGACACCUUGAAACAUGGUUGCAUGGCCACUGAUGCUACGCACAGUGAGUUAAAAAGUUUUAUAGCCCUCUGUUGCCACUGUUACUUCAGUAAGUGGCUUUUCUGUUCAUCAUUAUGUAAGGAAACGUAGAUGGGUUUUCUCCCCUAUGUUCUUGUGUACAUACACGUACACACACUUUGCAUUAUUUAUGCCCAUUGAAGGGAAAGAUGGUUGACCUGGUAGGAGGGUGGCAGAGGAUACAUUCACUUUUUCUGGCUUGGCUCCCACUUUCCUAUCUAUUUUAUUCAUGUACCCAGUCACUUUAAAGGUGUAACCGUGUCUGUUCCAAGUUGUAUCUUUGUCAUCAGCAAGAACUCUCUCGAAUGUAGUGAAUGUGACUUUUAUAUUAAUGCACAAUAUAGUAUUUAGGGCUUGGAGACCUCUGAUAACAGUAUGUAAAUAUCCUUUCUUGAAGCUAUAGAACCUUCUCAUCGCGAGCUAUAGGCGAUAGUUACAGGAGGAUGCAGAGAUUAAGAAUGUUUUCUCCAGCAAAUUCUAGCAUUCUUGGAAGCAAAGAAUCAAUUGGCUUCUGUUUCUCAUUCAUUCAUAAGUACCCAUUCUUUGGGCUUUCUUGUUGGUAGGUUGGUAUAGAUAUUCCUUCAUAAUAUACAGGAUUGAUAAUUUGGGAUGAUUGAUGGCCACAGGGGUACAACAGAGUCAGAGAUACUAGAUGGAAGACAGAGAACAGACAAGGGUAGCUCCAUUGCAAAGCUUGCUUAAUUUUUUAAAAGUCUGGAAUAUUCUAGAACUCUAGUUACCAUACAGCAUAAUUGGUCUGAAAAUCUUUGAAAAAGAAAGUUUCUCUAAGAUCUCUAAUUCAAUGAUUGCACAUUAUAUGUCAUUCCACAGGUGUGCAAGCUGGUUUUCAAGAGCAAAUUUGCAGAGGCUAGAGGUAAGAGGCAAAUAGAAAAAUUCAAUUCUUCUCCUUUCUCAAACAGUAUAUAGUCUGACUACUAGUUGAUGGAUGCAAUUAUUCUGGAAAAGGCUUUAGCUUAGAAUAUAAAAUGAAAUCACCCUUGAAGUGUACAUGGAAAUACUUCUUUCUAAUGAAGCCACAGUCUGCUGGCAGGAGGUGUAGGGGAAAUCAGUGCUCUUCAUUCCUUCUUUUUCACCUAAAACAGAGCAGGUAAGAAAAAACUUUAAUUGGUACUUUUUAUACUGUAACUUGAAAAGAAACACAGUACCUAUCUCUGUUGGUUCUGCUUGAGUUAUUUCUUUCCACAGACUCUAAAUGCAAUGUCAUAGGAGGAGGUUUGCUGUAAAAACAUGUCUUUUCCUUUGGUGUGUUCAUUGUAAUUAUGGCUGGUAGUGAGAAGGUUCACUAGUAAGUCUCAAUUUCUCUACCUCCCUUACUUGGAGAAAAUUUGGAAAUGUGCCCUGUGAAUAAAAUAUUUUUUAAAAUA